CCAUCCUGGGCCGUGUGGGCUGGGCAGCCAUUUUGGGAAGAGCUUUGUUAUGGUUUUGGACUAGCCACCUCUGCGGGAUCUAGGAGCUGGGGCCGCACCUUCAGACGCCGUGUCUCGGCCUUAGCUGUAGGCCCGCUGUUGCCGGAAAAAAUAACUGUGGACUUUUAAAUGAUUUGAAUAAUGAUGGAAAUGGAUCCAAAAUAAUAAGACACUUCUCUACUGAGGCAGUAGAAGAUUCUUCAUUAUCACCUUCCUGUAGCUCAAUUCAUUCUUCAGGAGGGGGCAGAAAAAGAGAAAUACAGGAAACUGAAGAGAAGGAAACCACCCUUUGGAGCUGUCUUCCUCCUCAGUAACCCCUCACCCUCUGUCUUUCUACUUGUUUUAAUUUUGCUCUGAAUUUGUAAAUAGUGAAGACCAAAGAAAUAGAAGAUAUAUUUGGAAGCUUUUACCAAGAAAUUGCCUUGAAAGCUGCUAUUCCGUGGAGGGGAAAGCGUGCUGCUGGCCAGGCUACUUAAGCACCCUUUUAACAAGAAAACCGCGUGGGAGAUCCAGCUGGCAGACUCAAGGAGUUCGGGAAACAGGACCACAGAGGUUACACUCUGGGAUCCUGGCCAUGAGGUUGGAUGCCUCACCUUGCUGAAAAGAGACACUGGACCUAAAUGGCGCAGCAUGACUUUGUUCCUGCUUGGCUAAAUUUCUCAACACCACAGUCAGUUAAGUCACCUACAGCCACCUUUGAAAAACACGGAGAGCACCUACCCCGAGGAGAAGGUAGAUUUGGAGUGAGCCGUCGCCGUCAUAAUUCUUCUGAUGGCUUUUUUAACAAUGGACCCCUACGAACUACAGGAGAUUCCUGGCACCAGCCCUCCCUAUUCCGUCACGAUUCUGUGGACUCUGGUGUCUCUAAGGGAGCAUAUGCUGGAAUCACAGGGAACCUGUCUGGUUGGCAUGGUUCUUCCCGGGGUCAUGAUGGCAUGAGCCAGCGUAGCGGGGGUGGCACAGGGAACCAUCGCCACUGGAAUGGCAGCUUCCACUCCCGGAAAGGCUCUACCUUUCAGGAAAAGCCAUCUACAGAGAUUAGGGAAGAAAAGAAAGAAGACAAGGUGGAAAAGUUGCAGUUUGAAGAAGAAGACUUUCCUUCUUUGAAUCCAGAAGCUGGCAAACAGAAUCAGCCAUGCAGACCUAUUGGGAUGCCUUCUGGAGUGUGGGAAAACCCACCUAGUGCCAAGCAACCCUCCAAGAUGCUGGUCAUUAAAAAAGUUUCCAAAGAGGAUCCUGCUGCUGCCUUCUCUGCUGCAUUCACCUCACCAGGAUCUCACCAUUCAAAUGGGAACAAAUCAUCAACCAUAGUCCCAAGUGUCUAUAAGAACCUGGUUCCUAAGCCUGCACCACCACCUUCAAAGCCCAGUGCAUGGAAAGCUAACAGAAUGGAACACAAAUCAGGGUCCCUUUCCUCUAGCCGAGAGUCUACUUUUACCAGUCCGAUCUCUGUUACCAAACCAGUGGUACUGGCUGGUGGCGCGGUUCUAAGCUCUCCCAAAGAGAGUCCCUCCAGCACCACCCCUCCAAUUGAGAUCACCUCCUCUCGUCUUACCAAGUUGACCCGCCGAACUACCGACAGGAAGAGUGAGUUCCUCAAGACUUUGAAGGAUGACCAGAAUGGAGACUUCUCAGAGAGCAGAGACUGUGACAAGCUGGAGGAUUUGGAGAAUAGCACACCUGAACCAAAGGAAAAUGAAGAAGAAGAAUGUCAUCAGAAUGGCCUCGCUCUUCCUGUUGUGGAGGAAGGGGAAGUCCUCUCUCACUCUCUGGAAGCAGAGCACAGGUUAUUGAAAGCAAUGGGAUGGCAGGAAUAUCCUGAAAAUGAUGAGAAUUGCCUUCCCCUCACAGAGGAUGAGCUCAAAGAGUUCCAGAUGAAGACAGAGCAGCUGAGAAGAAAUGGCUUUGGGAAGAAUGGGUUCUUACAGAGCCGUAGUUCCAGCCUAUUUUCCCCUUGGAGGAGCACUUGUAAAGUGGAGUUUGAGGACUCAGACACGGAAACCAGUAGCAGUGAAACAUCAGAUGACGAUGCCUGGAAGUAGGCAUAUAAAUGCUCACAAUUAAAUCUGACCAAGUAAAUUCAGCCUCUGUGUUUAGGGAGUAUACAAAAGAAAUCAUUCUUUUCCUUUUC